AUGCCAAUUAUCGUUGGUGACAUUGAAUGGUGUAAAACAAAUCGUGGUAACGACCGAAUAUAUCGUGGUUGUCGUGCUGUCGUUUAUGUAUCUAUCGAUUCGAACAUUUAUAAAGAUUCAAAUAAUGUUGAACAUAAUCAUCUACCAAAUCAUCAUAAUGUUAAACGUUUAUUAGUAUUACAAAAGGUCAAAGAAAGGGUUAUGACGGAACCAACUUCUGUUACACGUAUUAUAGAAGAUGAAUAUGUAAAAAAUAAUUUGAAUGAUGGUGAUCGACAAUAUUUUUUGUUACCAACAGCACAAGAUAAGCAAUCUUCAAAAUUUUAUAAAAUUCGUGCAAAAACAUUACCACCUGAUCCAAAAUCAUUGGAUUUUGAUGUUCCAGAAUCAUAUUCAAAAACGUAUAGUGGAGAACAAUUUUUAAUCUAUGAUUCAACACAAGAAAAAUUAGGUGGAUGA